AUGGCAGGUACCUUCACCCCUGACAUCACCACCCUCGUACGGACUUUCUACCUCGCCUCAGCCGCAACCACCAUAGCUUUUCACGCCAUACCACCACUACGAGACCGCUUUCUGGCCUAUGGUGCCAGGAAUGUAUCAGCAACAACUGAGGCAGGUUCGAAGAGCGCCUCGAUCUCUGGAUAUGAACCGACCGUGAACCUGUUAAACCUUCUCGACUCUCUUGCUGGGCUUCGGGUAUCCCAUUCCUACUUCAUCUCUUUCUAUGUUCUUUCGGCAGCGUUGUCAGUUUUCUGGCUGUAUGAUCUACUUCACGGUGGCCGCGCUCUGUCUCGACUCGCGGCUGAACACUCAAUCCAGGGUCCAUACGACUCUGCCUCGCUGUGGAAACCCUUGUUGAGCUUGUUUCUUCUGGUCCUGCACUCGCUGCGACGCGUCUAUGAGAACGCAUACGUGUCAGUUCCGAAUCCAAAAUCUACCAUGUGGGUUGGCCAUUUCGCCAUCGGCCUGGCUUUCUUUCUCUUCCUCCAAAUUGCGAUCGUGGCGGAUUACUCCGCGAGGACAACAAAUGUGCCAGCAGGGCCAUCAACUGUGGUUGGAACAGCCAUUGUCCUUCUUGCCGUCUCGAUAUUCAUAUUCGCUUCCGUGUGGCAGUAUCUGUACCAUUGCUACCUGGCCAGUCUACGCAAGUACACCUUGCCGGUUGAAUAUGGCGCAAACUACAUCGUUGCUCCGCACUACACAGCGGACUGCCUCAUCUAUCUGUGCCUUGCAAUCGUCGAUGCACCUCACGGGCUCAUCAAUUGGUCUGUCAUCUGCGUUCUUGCUUUCACCGUUGUGAAUCUGGGUGUUACGGCAGAUGGCACCAAGAAGUGGCAGCUGAGCAAAUUCCGAGAUCAGCAGCAAAGCAUACAGCAGCGUUGGAGGAUGUUGCCUGGUCUAUGGUGA